UCACUCUCUUUAACUUUGAGAAACUUUCCAUCCUUUAACUCUCUCCAGAGAAAGAAAGAAAAAAUAAAAAAUAAAAAAGCUGUGUACAAACUCAUCAGCGCUUAAUCUCCACAGUCGCCGCCACCUCUGACCACCUCCAUACGCGAUUGUUUUGAGUUUUUUAGGUGAGAAUGGCUGGAAUAGAAGGUCAUGCAAUUGGAAUUGAUCUCGGCACAAAGUACUCAUGUGUGGGAGUUUGGAAGCAUGAUAACAAUAAUGUUGAUAUCAUAGUGAACGAUCAGGGCAACAGGACCACUCCGUCAUGUGUUGCCUUCACUGAUACUGAGCUUUUGGUAGGAGAAGCAGCGUUUAAUCAGGUCGUAAGAAACCCUGACAACUCCAUCUUCGAUGCAAAGCGGUUAAUUGGCAGGAAAUUCAGUGAUGCAUCUGUUCAAAGUGACAAGAAGCUCUGGCCAUUCAAGGUGGUUGAAGGUCCUGAUGAUAAGCCUAUGAUUUUGGUUAUGCAUGAAGGCAAAGAGAAACAGUGUGCUGCUGAAGAGAUCUCAAGUAUGGUUCUUGCAAAAAUGCGGGAGAUUGCUGAAGUCUAUCUUGGAUCCACUGUGAAGAAUGCUGUGAUCACGGUUCCUGCUUACUUUAAUAAUUCACAGCGUGAGGCUACAAAAAAAGCUGGUAUUACUGCAGGCCUAAAUGUGAUGCGUAUUAUUAAUGAACCAACAGCAGCAGCCAUUGCUUAUGGCCUGGACAAGAAGUCUGGUUGGUAUAGCAAGAGAAAUGUACUCAUAUUUGAUUUGGGUGGGGGUACUUUGGAUGUGUCACUACUUACAAUAGGUGAUGGUGUCUUUGAAGUGAAGGCCACUGCUGGAGAUACUCAUCUUGGAGGUGAGGACUUCGAUACCAAAAUGGUAAAUUACUGUGUUGAGGAAUUUAAGAGGAAACGCAAUUUGGAUGUCAGUAGCAACAUCAGAACUCUUAGGAGGUUAAAAAAUGCAUGUGAAAAGGCAAAGAGGAGACUUUCAUUUACAACUACAACUGACAUUGAAAUUGAAUGUUUGCAUCAAGGUAUUGAUUUCUAUCUGACUUUUACUCGUGCCAAAUUUGAACAACUCAACCUUGAUUACUUCAAUAAGUGUAUGGAGCCUGUGGAGAAGUGUUUGGAGGAUGCCAAAAUGGACGUAGGUAGUGUGCAUGAUGUCGUUCUUGCUGGUGGCUCUUCUAGAAUUCCCAAGGUGCAACAACUGCUACAAAAUGUGUUCAAGGGGAAGGAGCUGUGCAAGAGCAUAAAUCCUGAUGAGGCAAUAGCAUAUGGUGCAGCUGUUCAAGCUGCAGUCUUGACAGGUGGGAACCUCCGUGGGAAACUUCAAGACUUCACUCUCUUGGAUGUCACCCCUCUCUCACUUGCAGUGGAGUGUGCUGAUACUACUGACCCUCACAACUUCAAGUAUUACAUGUAUGUGAUGAUUCCAAGAAACUCUCGCAUUCCCAUCAAAAGGAAAACGACCUUAGCAAAUUCUUUUGACAACCAAAGUCCAGUUAGCUUCUUUGUUUAUGAGGGUGAGAGUAGAAUAGCCACACAAAAUAACUUUCUAGGUAAAUUUUCACUUGAUGUCAUUCCUCCAGUUCCUAAAGGUCAAGCCAAAUUUGAUGUUUGCUUUGAUAUUGAUGCAAAUGGUAUCUUGAGUGUCUCUGCUGAGGACAUGUCCACAGGCCAAAAGAAGGGGAUUACAAUCAACAGUGAUAGAAGAACUUUUGAAGGCAUUGAGAAUGUGAGGUAGGAAUUGCUAACUAUUGCGACCUAAGACUGAAUCAGCAGGUGUGUUUCUUUUUUUGGGGAAUCCCGUUGAUGGAUGCUCCUUUGUUGGCUUGGUCAUGAGUCUCUUUCAUUAACGCCAGUUUUGUUUAUUCGAGGGUAUUGUCCUCUUGAGGUCGUUUUAUGGCAUUUUUCUUCACAUUUACUCUACUUCAGAUAUUAAAAUCUACUGCAUUUUCUUGAGAAUGUUGUAAAGCACAUACUCAAUGUGCAAUGCAAGAGGAAAGAUAGAGCUUUAGGGAGAUGGUUGGCAUCUCGGGAUAGGGACGGGAAUAGUCUUCGGACUUACCUGUUACCAGAAAUCUGGUUAAAGAUAGAGCUUUAGUGAAACUGUGAAAGCUCUAGUGCUAGAACUCUCCUCUCUGUUUUUGUAUCAGAAAACUCCAGAGCUCUUGAAGUUUUGAUGUUAAUAUAGGAAAAUGCUACGGGCUUACCAAACUUUCCUGCCAAAUCAUUUCAUAUGGUAAGUUACUUUUGGCAAAUUGUGGAAGUCGACUGCAAGACAUUUCAACUUUACGAGGGUAUAAAACUAUAAAUGUUGGACAAAUAUGAUUACUUCAAUUGGUUGAAACUAGUGAAUACAUACAUGGGUGUUGGAGAACUGUGUAAUGUUACUUUCAUUGAAGAACAA